AUGGCAGUGAGAGAGGCAGAGAAUGAAUCAGACAUAGAUAAACUGACUGACAGAAGAGAUGACAUCUCACUGCAAGACACAGUGACUAUCAUCACUGCUGUAAAAGAAGCAGAAGAAGAAGAAGAUGUGACAAUGAGAGCAGUGCUCUCACAGCUCAUUGACACUGUUAUCUUCAUCUUUAACCUGGCUUUCUUAACAGUCACAGAGGCUGCUGCUGCAUCAUGA